AUUUUCAGCUUCCUCUCCCAUUCACGCGAUUUCUCAAUCCCUCGUUUUCUCGUUACGAUUCCUAUUGAUUUUUUUUGGGGUUAUUUCUCUGUUUCUAAAACCUUUUAGCAUUCAGGGUUUGAUUUGCACAGCAAAUGCAUCAUGGGGUUAUCAGGGAUCCAUCAUCGAUUCUCAGUUGCGGCCUGGGUUUUAUGAUCCGAGGAAGGCUCUUUUUCAGGCACUGGACUUGGUCCUUUUUCAAGGAUCAAGUAGAUUAGGAGAUUUAUAUAUUUUCGUUUUACAAAGAUUGCAACUUUACUUUAUUCAUUCCUCGUGGGUAAAAACCAUUAUCAUUAUCGGGUAUCAAGAUCUUGAGGUCUUUUGAUUACAAUGGGGAAAAACAAGCCAUCCUUGGAUGCCUGCUCCCUUCAACCCUCUGCCGACUCAAACAAUGUAUACACUUUAGUCACCAACACCAAAUCCAGGGAGAAUCAUCGACUUCCAGUUCCAGAUGACAGUAUUCUAUCCUUGCUCGCCAUUUUCAUCGAUGAAAGCACGAGAGAUGGUCCGGAACCGGAAGAUGCGCACUCUGUAUUGUAUUUUAAAGCUUCUGAUUUGUUGGAUGGUCAUGGUCAUGGUCAUGGUCAUGGGGUUUCUCUUGAUGAUCAAAGUGACGAGAUUACAUCAAGAUUGGCAACCUCCAUAGAUUACUCUGACGUUGCCUCUCCUACUACAUUAAAGGAGAUUCCCCAGCUUUCACACGAUGACAGCAUCUUGGCUAUGCUCGAUAUUUUCACAGAAGAUAGCACGAAGCUGAUAGUCGGUGAGAAAAGGGAAGAUGGCCCUCUGCUGGUUUCACUUGGUGAUGAAAAAGAUGAUGAAAUCUUCUCAUUGUUGCAAAACUUUAUAUAAGAUCAUAGUUUUGUAUUUGUUUUUAAGGAAAUUAAUAGCAAUGGAUCUUGAUUGUUUUGUUAGUAUUCAUUCGUACAUGUUAGAAUUAUGAGAGAUUUCCCCU